AUGGUUGAUAAUAAUCCUAGAAAAUGGGAUGAAUUAUUGCUAUAUGCUCUAUGGGCCUAUAGAACCUCUAAAAGAGAAGCAACAGGAGCUACUUUAUUUAAUUUAGUAUAUGGAUAUACUCCUGUGAUUCCUACUGAGAUAAAUAUAAGAUCAUCCAGAAUAGCUCAACAAACGGGUCUAUCUGGAGAAGAAUAUUCUCAGGCAAUGAAUAUCGAAAUAACGGAUGCACUUGAAACUAAGGAAGAAGCCUUAGCUAAAAUGAAGAUCAAGAAGGAAAAAGUUGCUAGAGCCUACAAUAAAAAAGUAGUGCUCAAGGAAUUUCAGGUUAAUGAUAAGGUUUGGAAGAUGUUUCUACCAGAAGCAGCUUACAAGGAUCCUCGGUUAGGAAAAUGGUCGCCUAAGUGGCAAGGUCCUUUCAUCAUUUAUAAGAAAUUAUCUGGCAAUGCAUAUUUAUUGGAAGAUAUAGAUGACAAGGUAAAAGAUAGAGCAUUAAAUGGAAAUUUUCUUAAGAAAUACCAACCCUCUAUCUGGGAACAGUAUGAUCCUGUGUUUCAACAAAAACAUGCAGAAUUAUUUCAAACAUCUAGAUAUUAUUAA